CACCGGUGAAUAAUUAGUGACGUACACACGGUUUGUUUAUCUCGCAGCCGCGGAAAAAAAAAUCCAAUUGAAACUUUUACAUGGUUGUUUGUUAAAUCUUCUUUUUCUAUUCCAUUCCAUACACUUAUAAGUCAUUUUAUUUUGCCCAACAAACAGGCCUCCAGGUCCAGUUUGUUAAAAGGCUCCAGUUUGUGAUGGAGGAGCAGAGUCAGGACUCUGCCUCAGGAGAACAGACUGUGAAGAAGGAGGAGGUGGAAGAGGAGAUCCUGAAGGAGGAGGAGGCUGCGCCAGAUGCAGAGGAGGAGGAUGAGGAAGCUCUUCCUCACUCAGAGAUCUUAGAUAUUUUCGAGGAGGGACUCGCUCGGCUUGUGCAGGAUCCUUUACUGUGUGAUCUGCCAAUUCAGGUGACACUGGAGGAAGUCAAUUCUCAAAUUGCUUUGGAGUACGGUCAGGCGAUGACAGUGAGAGUUUUAAAGGCAGAUGGUGAAAUAAUGCCUAUAGUGGUGGUGCAAAAUGCUACCGUCCUUGACCUGAAAAACGCCAUUUGCAGAUUCAUGGAGCUGAAACAGCAACGUGAAGGUGGAGUGAAACACAUCAGCUGGAGAUAUGUUUGGAGAACGUAUCAUUUAGUGUUCCAGGGAGAAAAGCUUGAAGAUGACAAGAUGAGGUUAAAGGACUAUGGGAUCAGAAACCGAGAUGAGGUGACGUUUAUGAAACGACUGAGGAAAAAGUAGCAUAACACGCCCAAUAUUUCUCAUGAAAUGUGGGAGAACAGUUUCCUGCUACAUGGGAAGGUUGUUUCUGUACUGAACAAUGGAAAUGGUUGUAUUUACAUGGUUUUUUUUGGUCAGUCGUGACAGCGAAAUAUAGACAUGAGCUGCUUGUGCUAACCUAUGAAUGUAUCAGUUUCACAUGCAUUUUUGUGUUGUCUUUUUGUACCACAGAUUUUAACCCUUUCAUACAUAGUUGUCACACCAGUGGACAGCUUGUAUAUUCAUGGGUUUUGUUGUUUUAGUUGCAUAUCAGCCAACACAGUGGAC